AUGUACAGAACUUGCUAUCCCCCAUCUUUACGACCUCCUCCGCCGAUUCCUAUUCGAACAAUCUUCAACUCCGCAUCUUCGACAUUCUAUGCACCCAGUGACCGCAGUGGGAUUGGUGGCAUGCGCCAGGAGCACAUUCGUUCUUGUCCUCUUUGGAGAAAUGAGGCACCAUGCUAUGAUUGUGUAUUUGUGAACACAGAUGCAGGCAUGGACAUAGCCCAUGUCAUUUGUUUUUUCUCUUUCACGUUCGAGGCAGUUUUGUACCCAUGCGCUGUGGUGCAUUGGUUUAACAAUGUCAAUGAUGGACCUGACGAGGACACUGGGAUGUGGAUUGUUCAACCUUCAUAUGACAUUGCCCAUUCACCAUCAAUCGGAAUAAUUCACGUUGAUUCUAUAUACCGCGCUGCACAUCUCAUCCCAAUCUACGGAACACAUGCCAUCCCAUAUGACCUCAAGUACUAUGACUCAUAUGAUGCUUUCCGAGCAUUCUAUGUCAACAAGUUUGCAGAUCAUCAUGCCUUUGAGAUCGCAUCUUAG